GCGACUUACCACGCUCCUCGUUAACUCGUUGUGUCUUUGAACAUCGCGCUCUUAACUCCAAACUCAUGUGUACAAGCACGCACGCUGUUCUGUCUACAUCGUGUGAUGUGCGAGUGCGCGAUUCAUCCCCUAUUGCGCGCCCUUUUCGAUUACUAAAAAUUAUUACAAUCAUUAUUAAUAAAUAACUUUGAUGUUUAAUAAGUUUAAUGUUAAUUAAUAAACCGAGACGUUUAAAAUACUCAAUAAAAACAUUUACUGCCUUCUGAAGUUUACAGACAGUUUGAGAUUAUUUUUUUCUGAGUGAUUGAAGAUUUAUGACUUUUAGUUUUACUUUGUGAUUAUUUUGAUAUUUUUAUAACAACAUUUUCAUUUAUUUUAGUGUUAUAAAUAAUAAUAAAUAAAGAAAGCAUAUUUCAUAGUUAAACGUUAUGGAAUCCGUCUGUGGAAUGGGGGCAUUAUGCAAACUGAGGAAGUUGUACCUCGUACACAGUCUACGGGGAUAGACGGCUCCUUGACAGAUAGUUCAUCCUAUCAGUCUACCUUAAAUCUUUCUCCACAUCCACAGUGUUCAUUGCCAGCUACCGUCCACAUGGCCGUCAAACAGGAGCCUCAAGAUGAUGAUGAACGUGAUGUAAACAGCCACAGAUCCAGUUCUAAUGAGGCACUUAACAGUCAGCAAGCGGAGCCAAGCGCCGCACCAAUCCCAGCAGAAGGCACUCAUCAUCAUCAUCCUCACGAGCCAGUACACCAACAGGUUCACCAGCAGACCGGGGCUAACUUGGAAAGAUCAAGUCAAGACGGCAUUAAAUCGAAAACCAGUCGUGGUCGCAGAAAAUCAAGAUGGAAGCUUAAAUUCCAUCACCAGGCAUUACCUCCCGAGUACUUAGACCAUUAUGAAGCUGCCUUAGCUCAAGAGUCGUUGAAUACUUCACCAACUCAUGGAAUAGAACCUGCUGCACCUAGUCCAGCACCAACCACAUCUACUUCAACGUCCACCUCAACGCCAAGUCCAGUGUCAGAUGUUCAAGGUUGGCUGCAAAGAAUAGCCGCAAUCAAACAAGAACUUUAUCCUCGAGUAACUUGUUUAAAUCCCACUGCUGACUCAAACCUGCAGUCUAAUUUACGACGAUCUGUUAUAACGUCAACGUCACAUGUUUAUUCUGGAAAUAAUCAUCAACAUUAUCCGAAUCACCACCAUCACAAUAACCAUCAUCAGCCGCAGCAAAUACCUCAACAACCGGCUCCACGACCGCCAAUGAAAUAUUCGGAUUUACCGUAUAUGGGUGAGAUUACCUUGGACAAUAGCAAACCGAGGAGAGGUAGGAAGCCAAAGAAAGCAGACAUCUGUCAUCUCAUCUAUAAAAAUUACGGCACUAUAUUACCUGGCACGCCAGGACAUGAGGAUAGAAAACAACUACCAAAAGAAUCAUGUGAUUCUAAUCGGGAAUUGACUCCACAAGUUUCACUUCAACGUACUGAUAUACAAAAUAGGAUUAGCAGUUUACUGGAAAAACGACUCACUCAGGAAUCCAAACGUCUUACAUUCUCCGAAGAGCUUCGAGAACAAGAUGAGCCAUUAAACUUGUGUAUAAAAGAUUUAAACCAACUGAAGAUAAGACUUUCGCGCAAAUAUGGUAAUGUUUAUGAAUCUGGUCAAGUUAAAAGUGAAACUUCUAGUGAUGGAGAAGAUGUUGAGUGCUUGGGAAAUAAUUUAUCUAAAACGGACUCUAUACGGCCUAUUGAACUAUUGAAUAAUAUUAAUAAUAACAAUAAUAAUCAAAAUAUUUUAAAUAAUAAUACAAAAAAUAUUAACAAUAACGAUGCGACAAAUUCCAAUUCUGGUUUUGUCUAUUGGCCGAAUGCAAGUGUUUUUAUUCACCCAGUGGCUCUUCAAUCUCAGUUUUUAUACUAUCAAAAGAUGGCAAACAGUGAUAAGAAUCUUCCAGCAAUAGAGAAUUCUCCAAAAGAACAAAAGAUAGUUCCUAAAUCAGCGUUCAAUACGUCAGAAGUGAAGAAUUCAAACGCUAAUCCGAUAAUUAUACCUCCAACAAACACAGCGCAGCCGGUGUCUCCAAGACCAAAACGAAUCGCACCUCUGGGUCAUCCACCGUCUCAGCCUACUAAGAGAAAACGCUCAGCUAUCUUUAUCCCUCCUAUGCCAACGGAGAACACGAAUAAUCCCGCAACUGAAGUGAGUAUAUGCAAGUUCAAGUUCACCGGAGGAGCAAAGCCAAGUUUACAAGAGAAGAAAAGUUUAUCUGUGGAUUCAGGAGGUAAUUUCAGAUACUAUAGUGGUACUGGUGACAAAAGUAUGCGAGGAUACGAAUUCUUUCCACGCGAAUCGCUUCAACAACCUGCUGGUCAGGCUGGAUCAUCGGCAGGUGCAUUUCUGAGUGCAGCAGGCGAAAGGAUCCCACCGCCUCAGUGCCAGAGAAUAGCAAAUCAGGACGAAGGACGGAAGAAAAGGAAAACGAGAAAGUCACUACAGCGUGAGAAGUUGGAACAAACAUUUAAAGAAAAAGGAUUUCUUAUCCAAACUCAACAACUUGAAUCAGCUGAGGGUGCGACCUACUGUAAAUUUCGUCAACUCCGUAAAUUUACUAGGUACUUAUUUAGAAGCUGGAAAGAUUAUCUUCCGGGCAAUGUCCGUGACUUGACGGGGAAUGCAGACGGAGUGGAGUCACUCGAUGCUGAGGUCGAGAGAGAUCAUUCGACAUCUCCGCUUCCUCUUCCGGGUAUCGUCGACAUGCAGGAUAAUGUUCUUGAAGAACAUCGAACAUUACCACUCACAUGAAACCUUCUGGAGUUUAUGGAAUUUGCAUUUAUAUUUUUUUUCUACCUUUUUUUCUUUAUCUGCCUACAGAAUGAGUACAAUGAAUUUCAGUAAAUUUGAUCUCUAUGUUUCCUUUUGUUUUGAUCAUAUUGAUAACAUUCAUGGUUUUUAUUACAAUAGAUGUUUGAUUGGAAUGAAAAACAAAUGAUUCGAGAGAAAUGUCUUUCGUGCGUGCACGUAAAUGGUGUAAUGGUGUAAAUAAGUUGUUGUCAGAAAUUACUUAAUAUUCUAUUGUACAUGCCUAUUGAACGAUAAAGUAUUUUGAUUGAGUCACUUGUAAUGUAAUUUACACAACAAUUUACUCGUUUCGUACGUGUACGUUUCAGUAAUACUAAUAAGAUCGCUGCGGCUGCAUUCAAUUAAUACGUGGUACGUAUAUACAAAUACGUACCAAUCGCUUGUCGUUAAGUGUCUUAUCUAUUGUACAGAAAUUCAACUGAAUAAAAAAGAUAGCAGUAAUAAAAUAUUCAAUUAUCAUUGCGGUAUGAAAAUGAGAAGAUUAUAAGAUAAUGAAUCAAUCUUUAUAUAAUUAAAGAAAUCAUUAAUUCGGGAUCUUGAUGGCCCGAUGCCAAAGAUGGGAGACUGUACAUAAUUGUAAAUCUCAAUAAAUACGUUAACCAAAGACCAA